AUGUCGAGCCAGAACCCCACCCCCGGCGGCGCCAACGGCGACGUGUUCUCCACGUCGCUCAUCGACCCCGUCCCGGAGUCCUUCACCGGCCUCCCCGCGCCCUCCACGUCCGGCCCCAGCUCCACCGCCUCCUCCCGCCAGACGAACACCUCCGUGCCCUCCCCCACGCCCUUCCCCCCGCACCCGCCCCCGCGCAACGCGACGGACCCCAUAGUCAACAACGCCACCUUCAACAGCACGCUCAACGGCACCUUCACCGCCAGCUGGGACCUCCCCCCCGCCGCCUCGGGCGCGUCUGGCUCGGGCCCCGCGUCCGCCGCGCACGGCCAGAUCGCCGCCGCGGCCGUCGGCGGCAGCGUCGGCGCGCUCCUCGCCGUCGCCCUCGCGCUCCUCUUCCUCUGGCUCCAGCGCCGCCGCCGCCGCGCGCGGCCCGCACGCCGGCCUGCGGCGGAGCAGCGGCUCGCGGCGCUCGAGGGCGAGGUCGCCGCGCUGCGCGCCGAGAUGCGCCGGCUGCGGCGGGCGAGCAGCGCGCUCGUGGCGCGCGGGCCGUCGCUCGUGUACACCCGCGACAAGGGCGCGGAGGCGGCGGGCGACCGGAGGGAGGACAAGGACGGGCCGCCGACGUAUAUGGACUGA